AUGAAGGUCUUGUUUAGAGAAACGGAUCAGUCCUUGAUUGGAAAUGGGUCGAUUGUAUUCGACUGGAGACCAGGGGGAAAUCAUAUUGCGGUGGGAGGGUAAGCAAGAUCACCAGCUUACUUUUCGUUUUUUAGAAACAAUGGCGUCGUUUGUUUAUACGAUCGUUAUGGGGAAAGAACUGAGGAAGUAAGGGGUGGAAGGUGAGUAGGCGACUUAUAGAUUUACUCAUCUCUCCGAUAGUAAGAUAGAUCUUUUGCGAUGGGAUAGCGAAGGAGAGAUCUUGGCUAUCGCAAGUGGCCAAUCGUCCGCCGUUCAAUUGUACGAGUUGGCGACCCGACAAAUAAUAACCUUGGACAUAUCCAUGGGUACAAAGUAAUUUACUCUCUUGUUGUCUAUUCUUCGUUUAGAGGUCUACCCACCUUUAUGCAAUGGUCAAAGAAACAUCAGGUACUAAUUAUAGGCACAAAUCAAGGCAGUAUCCUUAUAUACAAUCAUUAUUCGUCAAAGUAAGGUCGUUUUACUAUAACAUGAUAAAAUGUUUAGAAAACUUCCAUUGGUCGGUAAACAUCAACGGGCAAUUAUAACUGGAGAUUUUGAUGAAGACAUCUUUGCUUUGGGUUCAGAUGAUUUAAGUAUUACUGUAAACAACUUAGAAGGAGAGACACUAAGCACCAUCAGUUGUACAGCCGAGCCGACCAAUCUAAAAAUAAGUAAAUUCAGAAGAGUUGAUGCCGAAAGAGACAAGGAAGAACUUUUUGUGAGGAAAAAUUAAUAAUUUUACAAUUAUUUUAAGAUAAGCUAUAUUGUUGGCCAUCGAACUUUGAGUAUUGUAACAGCCAAUGACACCUCGAGUCCCAUCAGUCUUCAAUUCCAAGACAAAUAUGGCCAGAUUGUGGACACUAGCUGGCACAACAAUGGAAUGAUCAUGAUUGCAUUCGAAAUGGGAUUCCUGGUUGUAUUAUCAGCACAAGACUGGAAUGAUGUUAACCACGAGUUGUUUUCUGUCCAAGAAUUCACUAGUACAAUUACUUGCUUGUAUACCAGUCUUAGUUGUGAACGUUUAUUUUCUGGAGCUGAUAAUGGCCAGUAAGUUAACCUUGAAAUAAUUUUGGCUAUUCUUCAUUUGGGGCAGAUUUCAUUUGCGGCAGAUCGGGUAUCGGGCCAAUAUUUAUAGCCAAUGUUGCAGAAAAUCGCGUCAAGACAUUUCCGGAAUUUGGACACUUCCGGAACCGGGGAAAAAUCAAAGAUAAGGCUUAGACCUAUCAUCCGAAUGGAUUGACCGUUAUUAACUUCGGAAAUUUUUAAAUUUUUUUUCUAAUUGUUACUUUUUUUAUGUAGUAGUGUUACUAACAAGUCAUUUUUUUUGUAAGUCAUUUUUUCAAAUUUUUCUGAAAAUAUUCGAUUUAGUGGUUUUCGAGGGUGCUGAUUUCGAAAAUCAUGUUCAUUUUUUCUGCACUUUACUAGCUCGCGAUCUAGGUCGUGACCGAGGUCAAGGAGGUUGCCUAAAAUUACCCGAAAAUGGUCUCAAUGCUUGACUAUGAUGGUCAAGACACUUUAUUUAGGUCAGGUGGUCACCAAGCUUUUUUUUUGAACAACUAGUAACAUUAUUUUCAAAGGAUUUUGGACAUUAAUUGUGACCUAAGCCUAGGUCGUGACCGUCAUAGUCAAGUAUUGAGACCAUUUUCGGGUAAUUUCAGGCAACCUUCUUGACCUCACGAUCAGUCACGAGCUAGUAAAGCGCAGAAAAAAUGAACAUGAUUUUCGAAAUCAGCACCCUCGAAAACCACUAAAUCGAGUAUUUUCAGAAAAAUUUGAAAAAAUGACUUACAAAAAAAUGACUUGUUAGUAACACUACUACAUAAAAAAAGUAACAAUUAGAAAAAAAAUUAAAAAAUUUCCGAAGUUAAUAACGGUCAAUCCAUUCGGAUGAUAGGUCUAAGCCUUAUCUCUGAUUUUUCCCCGGUUCCGGAAGUGUCCAAAUUCCGGAAAUGUCGCGGAGCCGCAGAAAAUAUUUGCACGGAUUUCAGAAAUCUGCCCCUAAUAUACCCUUUUUGACAGACAAGAUGUCAAAGUUUUGUGUGACAUGUUUGUGAAAACAGAAUGCUAUACGGUGACGUCACCGUAUAACAUUUUCACCGCGGUGACAAUUACCUUUCAGAGUGAAAGUCCGCAACACUUCCGAUUUGGCUCAAUUGGUUGAGAUUAUUGAUGGAAAUGGAGACGGGAAGCCUGUCAGCCGGGUAGCCUGUUCUGAAGAUGGCACUCUGGUUGCUGUGGCUACGGAGACGCCAGCCUUGCUCGUAUAUCUUACCAAGAUUCCGCUUGUUUAUGCAACUUACCGUAAUAAAGUUGCCAUCCUGAGUUCUCUGACUGAGGUUUCCAUUUACGAAGAUUCUAAUUCGGUAGGAGAUAAAAUACGGCAUUUAAAUUUUUGGAGUUUUAGACCAAUUCGACUUCUUUCAAUGCCAAAUUAGAACCCUCUAUAUUAGCCUUGGGACACCGCCACAUUGCAGUUGCCUUCAACAACCGCAUCUGGUUCUACGAGUACAAGGGACAAGGUAUGUAAUGAAUGGUUACUCUGCUCACAAAUUUGUUUAAAGUUGUUACUUUCAUGGUCGAAGAAGAAUACAUUACCACGAUCAAUCAGAUCAAACUGAACAAGGAAUAUGUUAUGGUUGUCUUGGAUAAAGGGGUCCAAUUGCAUCCGGUAAUGUCGUCAUUGUGGCAGAAACAUUUUAUUUAGAUUGUGAAAUCUGAUGAAGAAGAUCAUAUUAAGAUGUUUCCGGAGGACACCAAGGACAAUGAGAAGCUUCUUCAGGCUGAUCUCAUGGAUAAAUUCUUCGUUUAUUCGACGGAUGUAAGUUUUUGAAAUUUGCGAUGUGCUUGACUGAUUAUUUUUGUUUUAGAAGAAUCGAUUACGGUAUUUUUCGCUGGCAGAUUGGGCAUAUUCUGCGGAUUACAGACACAGUAGACACGUGACUUCUAUCUUUGGAGAACCCAGUGGGAUCCGUACUGUCUUCUUUGAUGACAAUUAUGACACCUUCUUAUACCAUCCCUCAGAUGACGAAGCCUACAGAUUCCCGGACCUCAAAGCCAGUUCUCGGGUAUGCUUCCUUCUUACAGGGGAAGUACUUCAAGUGUGACGCUCAGAUUUUCUUUAAAUUUUGCACACACAUCGGGUAUGGACUAAAUAUCAAUUCCUGAAAGUUUUAGCUCGCGCUUUGCGGGCGCCGCCGAGAUAUCGAACGAUUUUUGUCGCCGAGAGAGCACGCUAAACGUGGAGAGCGGUCAGAGAGAAAAGCGCUUUUUUGGCCAUAACUUUGGCAGUUUCGUGCGGAAAAAUUUGAUUUUUUGUAGAAACAUUAUCCUUUACAGUUGAAAUAGGCAUGAAACUUUUCGUGCCGAAAUUCGGCAAAAAGUCCUAAAUUUUCGCCGACUUUUGAUCUAAAAAUCUCGGCUGUUUCUGUAAAGCGCGAGCUAGGAUUCUCGCAUAUAUCUUAGAAAAAAUUAUUCUAAAUUUAUGCCAAGUUUCAUCAAAAUCUGAGCGUCACACUUCAAGUACUUCCCUUGUUAGUUACAUUGUAAUUAAAUGUAACUGCUAGUAAUAAGGCUUCUAAAAAUGCCCGUUCAGUAUAAAGCCUGUUUCUGGGAAGCAUUCACAGUCGAUAAAGAUUCGAUGAUUCUGACUGACUCCACAAAUAUCUACGCUUUUGUUGCCUCAAGAAACAGCCACGGAGAGCAGACCUUGAACAUAAUUGGAGUUGUCAAAAUACCUGCAGGAAACAUCCCUCUAUCACUCUGCAAAGGCAUUGUUACGUGUUACACCAGCAAUGGGAAGUUGAACACCAUAUUAUUGAAUACUCACAAAAGCGAUAUAAUAACUGAAGGGAGGAAUCGUGAUCAGGUAAGUUGAGGUGAUCUGAGAAGUUAUGAUCAGUUGAUGGAGUCCUUAAAUCAUUUCAUUAACCUCAAAAGGUGGAGAAAUGCAUGGAAAUUAUGUGAUCAGAUGAACGACAAAAUUGCGUGGGAGAAGUUAGGAGAAGCGGCGAUCAGAGAAUUGAAUAUGGAGAUGGCAAUCCGAGUAUACAGACGGAUGGGAAAGGCGAGUAUGGUGAUGUCUUUGGAGGAACUGAAGGACAUUGAGGAGGAGAAUCUGCUCAGUGGGCAUCUACUCUCCUUAUUGGGCGAAUUCGAGAAGGCGGAUGAACUCUUUUGUCUCUCAUCCGAGCCUUGGAGGGCAUUGGAAGUGAGUUAUUUCGAUUAUAAACACAGUUGUAGAUGAGAAGGAACAUAUUAGAUUGGGAUCGGGCUUUACAACUCGCCAAUGAAGUUGCUAAAGACCAGCUUCCUUAUGUUUCCUUGGAGUAUGCAACUCAGCUAGAGUUUAUGUAAGUCGUCUUACAAUUAAAUUAACAUGAUAGGGGGCAAUACUCGGAUGCACUGGGAUACUACGAAGAUGCUCUUCUUCCAGCAGAUGAAAGCAAUACAACUGUGGCCGAGCAUAAUAACACUUGUUUGGCUGGGCAAGCGAGGAUGUUAACAAAAUUAGGAGAGGUACAGAGGUAACAAGGCUCUAUUAUUACAUUACAGGGUGUUUCAAGAAAUUUGGCAGAAACUAAUUGCGAAUAUCUUUGAGCUCUUGCUAGUUAUCGCAGAAAUUCUUUUUGUUUCUAAAACUUGAUAUCGGGCGGUUUUGUACUGAACAAAAAAAAAAUUUUUUUUCGUCGGCGGAGGGGCCAGUUCUCGGCGGAGACAUUUGGGGCCUUUUUUAAAAAUCACACCUUAUUACACGGUGGAAACUCUGUUACAAUGGCCAAAAUUAUGUUUACGUUACACCUCCGUGGAUUUUGCGGUAUGCUUUUUUUGCGUUUUCGAUUUUACGCAACAUCCGCGGAGGCGCGGCGGAGACUUCAGAUUUCGGCGGACUUUGUUUUGGGCCCUCGGUUUUUGCAAAUCCAUGUUGGAAAAAAGGUUGGGGCGAUUUUUUGUUGUCAUCCGAUGCACAGAUGGCACGCCAAUUUAUUUUCUUCAAAAACUAUUUUUGUGAGCUGCGCCCGAGUUUGUGAGAAUGUUGGUUGCCAUUUUAUACAAAGAAGGCAAAAAUUCCGUUUUUGGUGAAAGCAACCGGUGAAAAGAGAAAUUAGUGCAGAAUUUUAAGUGUUUUCAGAAAAAAGGACUGUACUACCGCAUCUUGGCAACUGUUGCGCAAUAAUUAAGGGUAAAAAUUGAGAUUUUUUCCGUUUUAUUGAGAAUCCUUUAAAUCAACAAGAAAAAUGAGAUAAAUUAGGAAAAUAUAAUUAAGAUGUAACAUCAAGAUCACCUGAUCACCUUCGGCAUUGGACUCGUAGAUUUUUUGACUGGAUUUGCUGGAUUGACUUAGUCUUGACUGGUUUGAAUCAGGGUUUGAUUGAAACUGACUGGUGUUGUUGAUGGCGAUUAAAAAAAUCCGGCACAUGAAGAACUGUCGAUCCCGUUUGUCAGCUCUUUAAUUCGCCACGUAUCUUUUUUUGCAAUUUUUCCGCUUCUUCUGUGAGUUCCCGAAGUUUUUUCCCUGAGGCAGUUGCCACGGCCGCCCGUUCACGCUGACCAUUCAUCGAGGCAGUAGGAGUCCUUCUAGGAGUCAACGAAGCAUUUAUGAUGUCAUUUAGAGCGUUCUGCAAGCGAAAACACCAAAAAAACUCAAAAUUUCCAUUUUUUUGCCCUUAGGACCCUUAUUUUGAAUCCAUUUUUAUCAAAAAGUACGCUGCCGAUUUCCGAAUUUUCAACGGCAUUUGAAAGCGCACGUUAGAUUCUAUGUAAUAUCUAAAAACGGAACCAAUCUCAGAGAAAAAGCAUACCUCAUUGGUGGAAAAGGUGAAAUUUCCAUUAUUUUGGGUUACUGUAGAAUCGUCCUGGUCGGCGGUCAAUUGCUUCAAGCGCCUUGGAUUCACGCAUCUUCUGGAGCCUCAGAUCCCGCUGUCUCUUCCUGUCUAGGUUGACAUUCCUGAAGGCGUUGAUUCCGCUCUCAGAUUGCGAGAAUAAGUCAAAACUCAUCUGGAAAAAUUUAAAAUUUCACAAUUUUUGACUUGUAACACCCGCGGCUUCUCUGAAAGUUUUAAAAAAUUAUGCCCAUCUGAUAGAGCAUGAAAAAAUCUACAAUUCUAUAGACUCAGAAGUUAAGGUACCGAGCCUCAAAAAAAAGUUAUGAACGAAAUAAAUUACCUUACUCCAGGGGUAAACAUUAAAGAUGCCGCCAAAUAUGGCAGAGAUUUAUUUUGUAUCUGUCUUGAGUGUACAUUUUUCGAUUUGUCUGUUAUUCUUCUUUACUUUGUGCAAUUUUUGCGAUGAUUGACUUUUUUUCUGCCAAGAUACGGUAGGUGUUUUACUGAGGGAAACACUUGACCAAACGGGCCAGGGAGACACUUGGCACGAAUUAUUUUUUUGAUUUUUUAUAGAAGAAAAUAAAUUGGCGUGCAGAUGGCAAAAAUUUUGCAAAACAAAAGUUUGACUCUUUUGAUAAAGCCUCCGCCGAAUCCUCCGCCUAUGUGUCCGCCGGACCAAAAAAUAAGAAAAAUGAUGUUGUUGUGAUGGAUUCUUGUAGCUGAGUUUUUUUCCCGGACUCCUAAGACUGUUCUGACCCUUUGAUAAAGCCUCCGCCGAAUCCUCCGCCGGGGAAAAAAGCGAAAUUUUUGCAUCUGUGCAUCGGAUGACAACAAAAAAUCACCCCACACUUUUUUCCAACCUGAAUUGAAUGAUCCAAAGACUCAAAACGACGUCCGCCGAAACCUGAUUUCUCCGCCGUGCCUCCGCGGAUGAGCGAAAAUCGAAAACGAAAAAAAGCAUACCGUAAAAUCCACGGAGGUUUAACGUAAACAUGAUUUUGGCCAUUGUAACAGAGUUUCCACCAUGUAAUAAGGUGUGAUUUUUAAAAAAGGCCCCAAAUGUCUCCGCCAAGAACUGGCCCCUCCGCCGACGAAAAAAAAUUUUUUUUUGUUCAGUACAAAACCGCCCGAUAUCAAGUUUUAGAAACAAAAAGAAUUUCUGCGAUAACUAGCAAGAGCUCAAAGAUAUUCGCAAUUAGUUUCUGCCAAAUUUCUUGAAACACCCUGUAUAUUAUGUGCUAUGAUUUCAGGGGUCUCCAAAUAGCAUCACAAUUAGCUGACAGACAAAUAAAAAGAGAGUGCGGGAUAAUUCUGGAACAAAUGAGACUGUAUUCAGAUGCUGCCCAAAUAUUCGAGGUUGGGAAAUACUACGAUCGCGCGGCUGUGGCCUACAUUAAGUCGAAAAACUGGUAAGAGUUGUAAACAAUGAGAGACUACUGUAGCUUAGGAUGCGGAUAUUGCCUAUUGAAGAGCAUGUAAAAUCCCCAAAAGUUCUCACUCAAUACGGAAAAUUACUUUUGGCUGACAAAAAAUACGAACGUGCGUAUCAGGUAUUCCAACGUGCCAGGAGCCAUGAUAAUGUUGUUAUGGUGCUUCUCAAACACAUGAACCGAGUCGAUGAAGCAGUUGAGAUAGCCAGAGAAAGUAGAAGCCUGGAUGGUCUCAAGAUGAUUGCAAAGUAGGUAUUAUCCGCAAAAUAUCACCAUCUCACGAUCAGGUUCUUCACUGACGUUGGAAAUGACGACUCGGCCAUAGAAUUUUUGGUUCUUUCCCAAUGUUUCCAAGAGGCUUACAAUCUUGCCCUAUCCACCAAAAAGAUGGAAGUAUAUGCAUCGGCCGUAGAGGAUCAUGGGUCAACCCAACAAUUUUUACAAUUGGCUGAUUAUUACAAUGCUGUAAAUAAGAAUGCAGAGGCCGGAAGGUUUUAUGGGCUUGCUAAGGAAUACGAAAGUGUAGGUCAUCAUUUUCGGAUAUUAUUUUUGUUAAGGCGAUUAAUCAUCUCAUAAAGGCUGGAGACAACGAGGAAGCGAUCAUGGAUGCAGUCGACUUCACGGCUCAGUCAAACAACUCAAUUCUCGUUGAAAAAGUUGUUCAUUAUUUAAUGGGAGAACCCGAAGGAGUCCCCAAGGAUCCCAAGUUUUUGUUUCAUCUUUAUACAAAGUUGGGAAUGCAUUCCAAAGCCGCCAAAAUAGCGCUGAUCAUAGCCAUGGAUCAACAGAACAGAGGUUCUUACAAAAGUGCUCAUAAAUUACUGUUUACUAUGAGGCAGCAACUAAAAGAUCAGAAGAUUUACAUUCCCAUGGAACUCGAGGACUGGCUUUUCAUCUUGCACAGUUAUAUAUUAGCAAAGGUACAGUGGUAAAGGUGUAAAAUUUAUACUUCACGCAUUUAAUUUGGAUCGAUCUGGAUCUCAAAAACUAAGGAGGGCCUGAACUUUAUUCUUUUUCUAUAAUCUACAGGGUGUUUCAGAAAUUUUGGACAAAAUAAGCUGCUUAUAUCUUUGUGUUCUUUGCAGCUAUCAAAGAAAUUCUUUUUGCAUCAAAAAAUUGACGUCGUUAGUUUUUAGAAUCCCUAAAAAAAUUUUUUUUUCGUCAGCGGAGGGCCCAUUUCUCGGCGGAGACAAUUAGGGCCUUUUUUAAAAAUCACGUUGCAUUACGUGGCGGAAGCGCCGUUGCAACGGCUGAAAUCAAGUUUACGUUACACCUUCGUGGAUUUCACGGUGUGCUCUUUUGCUUUUUUGAUUUUACGCACAUCCGCGGAGGCGCGGCGGAGACCUCAGACUUCGGCGGACAUUGUUUUGGGCCUUCGGCUUUUGCAAACUCAUGUUGGAAAGGAGGUUGGGGCGAUUUUUGUUGUCUUCCGAUGCACAGAUGGCAAAAAUUUCGUACUUUCUUUCCCCAGCGGAGGAUUCGGCGGAGGCUUUAUCGAAGAGUCAAAGCAGUCUUAUCGUUAGGAGUCCGGGAAAAAUCUCAGCUACAAGAAUCCAUCAGAGCAACAUCAUCUUUCAAAGAUUUCUGAUUUUUUUUUGGUCCGGCGGACAAAUCGGCGGAGGCUUUAUCAAAGGGUCAAUGUGUUUGGGCUUUAUUGGAAUUUUCUUAUCGCCUUUGUUGUUAACUCUUUUAAUGGAAAGUGUCGUACGAAAUAGUGCAAGAAAUUGAUGCGCUCAAAAUAUUAUUUGGUCCAAAUUAAAUACGCGGAGUAUAUUUUUAGAGACAUGUGGCCGCAGGGAAUCAUUUGAAUGCGGGUAGACUUUUAGUCCGUGUGGCCAGGAAUGUAAGCAGAUUUGUGCAACGUAAGUUAGGAGAUAUGCAGCUGCCAUUGUCUUAUAGAUGAAGUCCAGAUAUUAACAUCGACAGUAAUCACAUGCGCAAAGGCCAAUCUUCGGGGAACAGCAUACGAAUUGGCCACAAGGUUAAUAAAGCCAGGAAUGCGAGAAAAAUUGGACAAGAAAUACAAACGCACCAUCGAGACUAUAGUCAGGUUAGAUUAAUGGCAAUGUAUUUAAGCGUUGUUCAAUUUCAGAAAGGCGGAGAAUGUAGCUGAUCCUCCCGAAAUCAUGACGUCAUGCCCAUUUUGUGGUCAUUCGGUCCGAGAAUUUGAAACUCUUUGUGAUGGAUGCAAGAAUACCCUCCCGUAUUGUAUAGUGACGGUUUGUUUGCAAAAAAUCUUCUACUUAAAACACGUUUUUUGAGAAGAUCGAGCAUUGAGAGCCAGGCUGUGCACACGAAACAAGAUGUUACAGGUGGCUCUUGAUAUCAGUACCAAACAGUACUCGUGAUAAGAAUUACAGAUCGCUUGAAAAAAUUUGUGUUUUGGGUUACUGUAGGCGUACUGUAGCAUUUUCAAGUUUUCAGUCUCGACAAACAGCGUGUCGCAUCAACCCCGGAUCUUUUUCAUAAUAAUAUUAUGAAGCUAGUUCGAGUCCUAGCGGGACUCGAAGGACUAUCUAACGGGGCUUCCGGACAAACUUUACGGUCGAUUUUCUCGAAAACCAGGGCCCAGAUGGAAAAAUUGUUUUGGCUCUUACCGUUUUCGAGUAUGGAGAAUGAGAAUAUACCGGUCCCAUAACUCAACUCAAUUGCGAUUUGAACGACUUCCCUCGUAAGCAAGUCCAUAGUUGAAUAUAUUUUUCUGCACUUUGAUUUAGUGGCUGAAAAAAAUUAGCAAUAUUAUGCAAAAAAACUCCUGUUUCAACUUUAUUUCCAAACAGUGCCCUUUGUUGAUUACGUUUAAAUUGAGUUAAAGCAUUCCUUACAUCACGACGACUCCAACGGUAUACAUUUUGUGUUUGAAUGAUGCGGGACCACACUUGAGAAAUGCCCCAGGAAAGUUCAUCAUCAUGACAUUACCGUAGACCGAAAUUGCAACCCUAAUAUGUUCUAAAACCGUUUUUGAGACUUUUUAUACAAUGGCUUAGGGCAUUUACAGGAUUUCGUGUAUUUUGUCAUUUACAACAAAAAAGAGACGAACAACACUGUAGUGAUUAAUCUCCCAUACAAAAAUAAAAUACGUUACCUGUGUUUCCCACAUCGGUAAGAGGUCUUACGCGACGUAUUAAAAUAGAAAAAUUUAAUUUUUCUAGGAAGGUCGUGAAGCUUAUUGAAUAAGCCUAGAAAUUAUCGUUCACAAUUUUACAAGGUUCAGAAAGGGAUCUCCUGGCUAUUUCAAUUCUGCAGUAGUAUUUAUGCAAGUUUACGUUGUGAUGUUUUUUUACGUUAAGAAGUUCAAUUCCUUUGACUAUAAUUUUAAAAAUAUCUUACAAAAAUCGCCUAAUUUUUCGAAAUGUGGAAAGCAUUUUUAAUUAGAUGAACCCUAGCGGACCUAUGUAUUACGGUCGGUAACUAUUUUGGGUUACUGUAAUGUCAUGAUGACUUAAGUUUCCAUAGGCAUUUCGUACAGCCCCGCUUUUGAGGACAAAUUGGUACCGUUCGAAUCGUCGUGAUGUAAGGAAUCUAUUAACAAGGGAAGUACUUGAAGUGUGACGCUCAGACUUUGAUGAAACGUGGCACAAAUUUAGAAUAAUUUUUUCUAAGAUAUAUGCGGGAAUCCUAGCUCGCGCUUUGCAGAAACAACCGAGAUUUUUAGAUCGAAAGUCGGCGAAAAUUUGGGACUUUUUGCCGAAUUUCGGCACGAAAAGUUUCAUGCCUAUUUCAACCGUAAAGAAUAAUGUUUCUACAAAAAAUCAAAUUUUUCCGCACGAAACUGCCAAAGUUAUGGCCAAAAAGCGGUUUUCUCUCUGACCGCUCUCCACGUUGAGCGUGCUCUCUCGGCGGCAAAAAUCGUUCAAUAUCUCGGCGGCGCCCGCAAAGCGCGAGCUAAAACUUUCAGGAAUUGAUAUUUAGUCCAUACCCGAUGUGUGUGCAAAAUUUAAAGAAAAUCUGAGCGUCACACUUGAAGUACUUCCCCUGUAAGCUAAUUUAAAAGUAAUCAAAUAUGGGGACUUUUUGCAAAGCAAGUUGAAAAAAAUUAAGAUUUUUUGCUUGUGCAAAUUUUGCAGCAACUAAACCAAGGUGCAGGAAAAUAUAUUCAACUAUGAAACUGCUUAGAAUCUCAGGGUCUGUCAUAUGAAAAAAAUCCGGAGCCAAUCGGACCCGCCCUAAUCAAAUACAGCAAAUAUGAAAAUACACCUCCAGUAAGCUAAAAAAUCAAAAUUAAAAAAAUUUAUAAUCGUUAGUCCAGGUACUACUAGUCCGUUCGCAAAGUCGCUGGAGUUAUUUUCGCGACAUGCACUCUUCGAAAACAAAAGUUCACUUUCCACUGUGCAAUUUUUGGCUUUUUGCACCGUGCAAUAGGCUUUUUCGGGCUGUCGCCCGCACCCUGACUUUUCUUGCACAGUGCACGUCGCCGAAAUCAAUACAGCGACUCUGCGCACGGACUAGUAUCAUUGGUGACACUAUGAAGAUCAUGCUCUGAAUUCUUGUUUCGUGCGCACUGGGUGUUCGACUCUCGCAUAAUCUGUUUUAAUCUUUUAGGGAAAACAUGUUAUCGACUCCGACUUCUCACUUUGCUCAUCGUGCAAAAUGCCAGCAUUCUGUUCCGAAUUGCAGAAGUGAGUCUUUUGCGGGGGUUUUCCUGACAAGGUUCAGUCAAUGCGGCAUUCCGUCACAGGUAGAAUUUGCACGAAUUUAUAUUUUCGGAAACCACCUUAUUAUUUUACGGUAGGUGGAAUUUUCGGAAACGUUGGAUUGAUGUGUAAAACCGUCAAGGAGUAAAGGGCAAAACCUCACUGUUUUACGUUUUCGACCAUGGGGAACAUUUUUACAAUUGUCACUUUAAUUGUAGGUGCAGCCUUGGAUCACUUUUCAAAAUGCAAAGGAACCAUCUUAGAUGGUCGUUUUUUGGAAAUGUCCUUUGUUAUGAGAAGCUUCAAUCUGAACAAAACUCUCUAUUAAAUUUUUCUUGAUUUUUGACAAUGAGACCAAUUUUGUCCACCAAAAAUCCUUCAGAAAAACUUUGAACGUCUAAAAUCUUUUCUGAAUCGAUAGUAUGUGGGCGAAACGUCUAAACCCGUCAGGAAAUGCGCCGCCCCUCCCCCUUUUUCCCUCACACCUCGUGACCCAAAACACUCAUUCGGUCACAUGGACGAUCAUCUUUCUUUUUGUUUAGAUUGGAACGAUCAGGGGAACCAUGCCCCAUGUGUCAAUCCUCCGUGGGAUCACCUGCGCCUAUCAACAUAAAACUCUAUUUGAAUAUGGAAGGAAACAAUAAGCAGACUACGUGA